AUGCCUCUCCAACAACCAUCCACCACCAACGCACCCGUCCCCCGUAGAAAGAAGAAGAUAGACGCCGAGCCACCUUUACCCAAGCCGUCCACUCAGAAACAACAACCGGCAUCUCGAGGUCGCUUACCCACCCAAACAUCGACAUCAACGCGCAACAAACCGUCCAUCGCGAAAGAAGACGCGCUGGCGCACAGGACGCGCGAUCUGAUGCAGACUGUUACGACUAUUUCGAGGGAGCUGGAGAGGUUGGAGUUGGGAGAGGGGGGGAGGGAUGGUGCUGCGGGGGCGGUGGUGGGGCCGGUGGCGUCGGACUCGGGAGCGGGAGCUCCGGUGCCGGUAGACACGACAUCCAUAGAAUCUCAGAUUCGAAGCAGCGAUAUCAUAGACGCUGCCCAUGAAGGCGAGACAAAAGAGGCUCCUCGGACAUCAGAAACAACCAGACCGGCGGGUCUACCCUCCGGCAACCCGACACCGCAUGUACGCAACAUCUCGUCGAUCUUCGUGCGUGAUCAGCCGGGGCAUUCGGUGUUUGAUUUUGAUUUGCGGCCUGCUGAAGAGGCGGGCGGUCCUCGGAAGGAUAUGAUGACCAGGCCAAGAGGGGUUGGUGCAAGCGGUGCGGAUGCAGUAGAGGAUAAGCAUGGAAAGGAUGCGGCGGAUGAACCGAUCGAGGCUGCAUUACCAAUGGUCGAGGCGCCCCCAUCCAAUUCCGUGAAAGAUCCGCGGAACGACCCCCUUCCGGCUCUCCAACCACAAUCCAUUGACACAUCCCAAGCGGUCUCCCUAUCUCAAUCGCAACCCUUACCGCAACACCGAACGCCGAUACCAGAACAACAAAAACCGCCCGCCCUUCCCGCGCACGCCAUUCCUCUUCCAGAUCCGCAAACCUCCACCACAAAUCUACAACGCGACCUCGCCGAAACAAAACACCAAAUUCAUCUCAUGCAACAACUCCAAUCACACCAACUGGGAGAGAUCGACAAUAACGCCGUCGCGUACCUCAGCAGACAAAUUGGGCGGCUUGAGGCGGAGAAUCGGAGGUUGGUUGAUGAAAAUCGGGUCGUCGGGUCGGUAAACGCCAAACACGCACCGGUUACUACAGACGAUGUUCCGGCGAGGGCACUAGCGGAACAACAUCAUCAACAACCAUGCACACACUGCACGACUUUACAGCAAGACAUCCACCGUCUCCGAAUGCAGGAAUCACGUACCCAGCUCGAACUCCGAUCGUUGUUGGAGCAGAACGCGUUCUUGAGGGACCAGCACCGUCGCGAUAAGACGGAGUCCCGCCCCAUGUAUCCCGAUAAGGAAAACGACCUGCCACCGCCUUCCACCCCGUUGCAGAACGCCAGAAGUGGGGAAAUGCUCAAAGACCUCUUGGCCUUGAUCGACAUCCAAUCCACCCAUUUCCGUCAUUGCGUAGCCACGUACCGCGCCGCCUCCCCAAAACCAACCCAUCUUACAACCCCUCUAACAAUAGCCGACCGCAUCCACCGCCUGCUAACCAUCCUACGCGACAUCUCCAUCACCAUCGCGUCCCAGUCCGACGCGGGGGAGUUGAUCGGUGCGUGUAGGGAGGUGGUGCAGAUGCUUGCGAUUGCUGGGGAGAUGUACUUUGCGGGGUUUGAGGAGGGGGAGGCGGGGAGGGCGGACGUGGUGGAGAUGGAACAAAGGGUGGGGGAGUGGGAGGGGAGGUAUGAGAGGGAUGUGGAGGCGGUGAGAAGGGAGAAUGGUGGGUUGAGGGAGCGGGUAGAGGAUGUGAAGAGGGAGAAUGAGGGGUUGAAGCGUAAAGUGGAAGGAUUGAAAAAAGAGGUGGAAGAGUUACGGGACUAUGGACAGAGGCAGACUGUGUCGUCCCCGAUCCCGCGUUUCGCGCCCCACGACAUCACCUCCGACUCCGCCAGACUCAUCGCCACCCUAAGCCAGGAACUCACCCACCUCCGCACAACCCUCGCCGCCAGCACCGCCGCACACGCCGCUCAGACACAUACGCUGGAAUCCCACACCAGGAGUCUGGAACACACCCUUGAAGGGUAUACACGCGAAAAAGCGGAACUCGCCGCUCAGAUACAUACGCUGGAAUCCCACACCAGGAGUCUAGAACAGACCGUCGAAGGGUCUAGACGCGAGAAAGCGGACCUGAGCGAAGCGUUGGAUCGUGCGAAUCGGAGUGUGAGGACCCACGACGCGGACGCCGACCAUGACCGCAUACAACUCCGUGCCCAGAUCCACGCGCUCGAAACGACCCUCUCCCACACGCACCAAACCCACACAGAGCGGAUCAGCGCGCUUACAGCCGAGAUGGAGCGAUUGCGCACCGAGGCGAAAGAAGCGGUGUUUGGCGAGGCGAGCGAGUUGGUUGCGCAGGUGGAGGGCAUGGUGAGGGCGCAGAUGGGCGUGUUGGAGACGUGGGCGGGGAGGGAGGAGGUGGGAUUGGAGGAGGUUGUGAGGGAGGGGAGGGAGAUGGGGAAGUUGGUUGGGGGAUUGACGGGGGUUGUUGAAGAACAUAUAAAGGCCCUCCAACAAACCCACGCCGAAAACGCCGCGCUAAAAUCAACCCUCCACAAGACCCAGCAACGCCUCACAUCCCACGAAAACGCCUGGACCACCAAACUCACACAUCUCCAAUCACAUCUGACCAUCCUCCAGACCGAGCACGCCGAGCUCGAGUCCCUGUUGGUCGAUUACGAGAAACAGUGGGAGGGUGUGUGUGCCGUCGGGAACGUGUUGGAUAUUCCCGGCGAUAUGAUUCGGCCGGGGUCACCUACAAAACAGGCACACGACCACCCGUACCCCUUCCUCACGACGUACACAACGGCAUUCAGCGCCCUGACAUCCACAACGCAACACCUGCGCACGCUUCAAUCCAAACUACACGACAGCAGCGAUCGGAUACAGGGGUUAGAGGCGCGGGUGGCGGGCGAUAGGGAGCGGAUUGAGGCGUUGCAGGGGGUUGCGGAUGGGCAGAUGGGGAGGAUUGAGAGUAUGGAGAGGGAGUUGCGGGGGGAGAAGGAGGGGAGGAGGGCGGCGGAGGGGAGGGUGGGGAGGAUUGUGGAGGGGUGGAGGAGGCUUUGGGGCCCGGUUGCGGUAGGGAUUGUGGGAGGGGGGGAGGAGGAUGAUGUGUGA